AUGCAGAACACCGAAGAGGAUCCGUCGAGCCGAGCUCAUGUGAUGCAGGUGGCGGCACACUUUGCUGACGCCAUCGCUAGCGAGUUUCCAGUCCAUGUCAUCUGCUCAAGUCGCUGGCCGAUUUUCGAGGCUAUAGAGAUGUUCACCCUGCACCUGGACAAGGACGUGGCUGAUGUACCACGCAAUGUGUGUGAUGAUAUCAGCAACGGCGUCGUCAACUGGAAGCAGCUGCGGGCCAUCGCAAACGAAUGGUCGCAGUUGCAGUGGGUGCACGGAUCUCGCAGUCCAGAGGUGAUCAGGAUGCUCCUGGUGAUGACGAGCUUCAUGGAAGAGUCUGCUGAGCGAUGGGAGCAGGCCCUGAAAGAGUGCCCGGUGGGUUCCGCAUUUCUGGCAGCAGUCCAGGCCACCACUGCCGUGGCUCAGCUCACGCACCAAUUUGAUGAGCACAGCAGACUCCUCGACAAGACGAUUCACGAGGGUCUGCUAUCAGCCGUUUCUUGCGGCUGGCCGCUAGGCCACGUCUUGGCAGUGCUCUCCGACUCCAACAAGGGCUUGAGGUAUGCGGAUCGCAACUACAAGUAUGUGCGGAAGUUCGCAGACCUGGACCUGCACUUGGAGGAGCUGUCGCCGCUCGUGCCGCCGCCGCAGCACAGCAUGGCAGCUACGGCUUGGCGCCAGCAGGGGGCGAAGAAGGCACUGGCCAUUGCCCGUUUGCCGUGGCAUGGCUUUGCGAGAAUUCUGCACAGGAAGGCUGUCGGCCGUCGGCGAAUCCUGCGCCAGGCGAUUGAUGCCAUCCUGAGCACGACCAGAGGCAAACUCGGCCGGCGUCACGUCGCGCUGACGCUGCUUUACGGAAGCUCCUGGAGCUAUUUGCUGGAGCGUACGGUCUCCCACUUGGACAGGCUUGGCUUCUCCUGGCCCUUGCUUGUCGUUUCGAUUGGGCAUGACGCCUUCCAGGCUUGCCGGCAGCUUGAGCGGAAAUCGAAAGCAGUGAAAGUUUCAUGCUGGAGGCCCAACACCGCGUCUCAAGUACAUAGGUUUACCAUUGUGCAUAUUCUUCUCCACCUCGGCGUGGAUGUUUUCUACUUCGACAUGGACACGAUUUUUCUGCGGAACCCGCUUCCAGAAGUGCUGUCUCAGGCCCUCCGAAAGGGCCAGGAGACCAUUUUCGCAUCGCAUGGUGAUGGAGACUGCAUAAACAUUGGCGUCUUCUACAUCAAAUCGACGAUUCGCACAACAGUGUGGUUCUCGCAAUUUCUGGAGUGGUACCACGAACAUCAGUACGAGAUUGACCAGCGCGGUCUAGAUGUUCUUGCUGGCUCACCUUUGCGAAUACCAGAAGGGGAGCUUGGCGUCUCCUUUCCACCAAAAGACUUGCCAAAGGUGCAGGUUGGUGUUAUGGAGGAUGAAAACAAGGUUGUCAUUGGCUUCAUUGGAUGGUAUGGCCAUGUCUCCCGCAUGCUCGUGUUUCACUGGUGCAACUCGCCGCUCAGCGAGAAGUGGGAGGAGCUCAAUGUUGCCUACAGUGCGGCAGAAGUCAUCGAGGAGUGGAUGCCGCUGUCCUUGGCUUUGUCCGUGGUGUCCACUGCGGGCUUUCGGGUACAGCCUCGAGAGCCAUCCGAAGAGUGGUCUGUGACGGAAAAGCAGGAAGUUCCUGGCAGCUCAGCGUGGCGCCUGGUGGGAAAGGCGCGAAGAGUUCUUGAGGCAUACCGCCUGCCCAAGCCUCUGGUUCGUUUGCCAUGCUGGUGA